AUGGAGUCUUCAGACAUCACCUUCCUUAAUCUCCCAUACGACAUAAUCCAUGAAAUCUGCGACCACCUCACCGACAAACAAAUUCUAAAGCUCCGUUUUGUAUCAAAGCAAACAUCUUCAAACAUACCAAAAGCCCGUUUGGACAAAAUCUUUGCAAAACGAACCUUACGAUUCACAGAUGUCGAAGCGAUCAGGUUUCUACACCUCCUCAAUACUAGCUCGGUCGAAGAUUUGGCCCGUACAAGACAUCUAGUAUUUGAUCUUUCAAAUCCUUAUGUUGGGCUUAUAUCAUCCGAGCAGUUUCAUAGAGGGAGGUGGAGGUACAGUGAGCAUAUGAAGUCCAAGAUGAUGGUUUUUCAUAGAAUUUAUAAGGAGAGGAAUAUGCGAGACAUGGCGUCCGGGAUAUGGAAGCCGCGAGAUCCAAGGAAAGUUAGCAUACCUGACAACUUACCGUCCGGAAGUCACCCAGAGUACUGCUUCAAAGAACUGUACAGGAUCCUCGAGGAAGAUAUCGAAUGUCCUGAUCGCUACGACCAGCACGCAUAUUUCUCUUCUAAAACAACAAAUAGUCUAUUACCGUUCAACAAGUUGGCAUUCUUUGAUGCUUUAACCGCAGUAUUCAGACACUUACCGAAUCUAAGCAUCAUCGAAUUCAAAAUAUCGGACCCACCCAAACGUCCAGAAUAUAGAAUCCCACAGGCGUGGGUAAGACAUAACUUAUCGCUCAAAAGUUUUCUCGACAAGCAUCCAGAAUCGAAAUACCUACCCUGUGGUGACUGGUUUGGUCCACUCGGUAGCAUGAUCGACCUCGAGGUCGCCUACACAGCUGUAUUAUACUGCGCCACACAGGCUAAUUGCCGGAUAUCAGAAAUUAAAGCGAACCAGUUCCCACACCUCAUAGUCUCAAGCUUCGGAGCCGAUAUCAGAAACUUCGAUUCCUUCAACUGCGGUACCACCACUUUACCAAGUCCUGGCUCCAUAGAUUAUAAACAUCUAGAUAAAUAUCUUUCGGAUUAUCAACGUACGUUCGCCACCCUAAAACGGUUAGAAAUAUACCUGGCGCGGGAUUAUUGCAUAAGAGACCAUUCCGGGGCGCCCAUGACACCUUCACGUUUAUUCGGGGUGACAUUACAAAACGUCGAAGAAUUUGUGAUCAGAGGGUCGCCGAAGUUGGAUGGACAUUUGGAACCUCAAUGUCUCCCAUUGAAUAUACGUUUUCCUAGGUUACGAAGGUUGGAGACUAUAUACGUCCACAUGGACCAUAAAACUCUAAAAAGCCUGAUCGAACCCAACAAAUCUUCAUUGAAAGAGUUAAUAUCGACUUUCUCCCUUACCGAAAAUAUUCACUACCCAGGAAUUAUCAGUUUUAUAACAGAUAUUCGAGAAAGGUUCGACCUUACAACAUGCAAUAUAGACUUCUUAAAUAGCAGGGAUUAUGCGUACCAUUGCUAUACAUUUGUGGAAAUUCAAGCAAGUGAUUGGAAAAGCGACGAAGGUUGUAAAUAUAGAGCCGGGAGCUUAGAGACUUCUGGUAUCAAAGUUUUUGAGAACAGAAUGAAGAAUGAGGUUAAGUGGAAGGAGGAGAGUGGUUGGGAAGAAUUUUGUGGGCUUUUUGAAGGUGAUAAUUUGACACAAGAUAUCGGGUAUUGGGAUGGAUGA